GCGCGGAAAAUUGCAGUACAAAUUGCCAAAAUAAGAAUAAGUGCAACCAUAUUACUGGAAUCUGUGAAUCAGGAUGCAAAGAUGGAUAUGUUGGGGAAAAGUGCAACGAGGCGUGCAGUCAUGACCGUUACGGACCAAACUGCUCCAAAAUUUGUAGCAGUACCUGUUCUAAUCAUUCCUGUUCAAAUAAAGAUGGUAAAUGCAGCAACGGAUGCGAACGGGGAUAUCAAGACUUAUACUGCACAGAAAUUACAGUUACUGUAGCAGAAAAGGAUAAACAUGCACUUCUCCUUGAAGUUUCUAUUGGUGCAGGGUCAUUUUUCCUGGUAUUACUAAUAACAGCAUUUCUUCUUAUUCGGACGAGAUGUAAAUCAGGGAAACAUCGCAGACUUGUUAACCAAGAAGAAAUGAUAGAACUUCAAACAAUUGCUCAAAGGAAAAGUACCAUCCGAGACCGUCGUACUAUUUUCUCUGAGAGUAUUGACGUUGCAGGGAAUUGGGCGCCUUUGUGUGCAGUGGACCCCUUUGCAAAUGACCAAAGAGGUUCUUUUUCUCGUUUAAACAAAACAAUAUCGAUUAAGGACUUGCAAGACAUUAUAGGUAAAAUGUCAAAAUAUGGGGAUGCAGGAUUCAAAAGAGAGUAUAAGCAAAUAAGAAAAGGUAAACUGUAUCCUUACGAUGAGGCCACGAAACCAGAAAAUAUUCCGAAGAACAGAUACAAAGCUAUAUAUCCCUAUGAUCACUCUCGAGUCGUUCUUGAAUCACUUUCACCAGACGGGACUGACUACAUCAAUGCUAGCUACAUAGAGGACGUAGAGGAAGAACUGUCAUAUAUAGCUACUCAAGGGCCAAAGGAAAACACAAUGUACGAUUUUUGGUCCAUGGUUUGGCAAGAGUAUGUAAGGGUAAUUGUGUGCUUGACAAACCUGACUGAUGGAAUAAAGAUCAAAUGUGCCCAGUACUGGCCAAAUGCAAAUGAAACCAUGAAAAUUGGACAUUUUACUAUCCGCACAAAGACUGAAAAAGUAUACGCAAAUUAUACUAUAAGACGCCUUUAUAUAAAGAAGGGCCAGAAGGAAUUGAUGGUGAUGAUGUGUCAAUACACAGAAUGGAAAGACCAAGAUAUUCCUGAACCCCUCAACCUUGUGAUUUUCCAUCGUCAUGUGAUGAAAAUAACUGACUCUUAUCGUGGAUAUUACAUUCUUGUCCACUGCAGGCAUGAAAUAAAGAAAUCUCUCUCUCUCUCUCUCUCUCUCUCUCUCUCUCUCUCUCUCUCUUAUAUUUUAUUUAUAUUUAUCAGCGCAGGGAUUGGACGAACAGGGACUUUCAUUGCUUUGGACGCCCUCUAUCGAGAAGUUUUAAAAUCAGGGAAAAUUAAUGUACCAAAGUAUGUAGAAACAAUGAGAAGAAACCGAGUAAAUAUGAUACAGACAUGGAAUCAAUAUAAAAUUGUCUAUUUGGCGCUUUGUGAGUCCUUUAGUGGAACAUCGACAUCUUACUCACCUAAUGAGUUUUUAAAACAGCAUCUGAAAAGCAAUGUAAACUGUAGAGGAAAUCUUUCUGAAUCACCAUUUUACAGGGAAUACGAGGAACUUAUCAGAGUCAGAAGAAGGUACACCUCCAAUGAUUUCUUAACUGGACACGAAAAUACGUAUGCAAAUGAUACAGCUCCAGUCUUACCACUGAAGAAAUAUGCAUGUCAGCUUACAUACACGAAGGAGAGGGAAACGUAUUAUAACGCAGUUCUUCUUCAGUCUUUCACGAGUAACGACUGCCUCAUCAGUGCACCGUACCCACUUCUUGACAACACUGAGGAUUUCUUAAGGCUGUUGAAAGACUUCAAUGUCCAUAUUGUGAUAUUUACGUGCCCUCUCAGAGAUGUUGCAUCGUCUACGAAAUGGUUUCCCUUUAAUUAUAAAAAGAAAAGAGUUGGGUCAUUCAAAAUAGAAUUUACAGACUCGACUCCAUCGAGAAAAUUCACAAGUACAGACAUUGUGCUAAGAAGCAAGGGAUGCCCCGAUAUGAAUUUGAAAGUAAUUGAAUUUACCUCAUGGAGAGAGGAAUUGUCUUCUACAAAUUACAAGGUGCUGAUAGAUGUUGUAAAACAAACAGUGGUGGAAAAUAUCCAGUCUGACUCAAAACUCUUGGUUUUGUCGAGUGAUGGUGCAAAACGUUGUGGUCCUUUCUUUGUUGUGUUCAAUGCUGUGCAACAGUUAUUUCGUGAUAAAGAACUCGACAUUUUCUUAAUUACGCGUCUCCUUCAAAUUAGAAGACCAGAAUUUAUUUCCACCUGGGAAGAAUACGAAUUUUGUAACAGCGUUUUGGCCGAUUAUAUACAGAAUGGAUUGGUUUAUGUAAACUCUAAGUACCGAUCUAUAAGGAAUACUCUUGUUUCUUUCAUUCGGUGAUUUGCACGGGAUGUUCACUUCUCAAUGUCACCUGAUCCCGCCUCUGACGUUUUGGUCCGUGUUUACUCUGCUCAAAUUUUGUAAUGUUUAAUUGACUUUUGGGCCUGAAUAUUGUAUAUUUUUUCAUUGCAUCCAUGACAGUUAUUUAUAUAUUUGUUAAAAAUACCGAUUGUGCUACCGCCUUUUUCUCCAAAUUGUUUUUUUUUAUUUUCUUUGUUAAUAUUGUCUAGUUAUAUAUAUGAACUUAUUUCAGUCCUAGUUUUCUUUUCGCUCCUUUCGACUUAGAUUUAAAUGUAUUUAUUCAAAACAUCCCACCUUAAACCAAAUUGCGUCUAUAUAAUAAUGCAUGAAUCAAUAUAAUCAAGUUUCGACUUUUCAAAUUUUAAAAAUUUAAUGUAAAUACUGUUGUUAAAAUUAUGGAAUCUUUAAAAUUUACAUAAUUAUUCACUCUUUCCAUCCAUUUAAGUUGUUAAUUUUGCCACAUUUAAUUAAUGUAACAAAUGCCAUGAUGAUAUGAUUGUGUUAUCAAAUUUGC